GUGCCAGGCGAGGACACUUUUCCCCCACAAGACUACCGUAAUUUCCUGUUAUGAACACUGAGUAAUCUCCAAGUUUGUACCCCGGACAUUCGCUGAUGAUAAAUCACCUUAAAUCUUCUAAAGAAAAUAGUGAUUUUUAAUUUUUCAUUUUGGGGGUAAAAUCGACGGGUGAUAUCGGGUGGGCGAGGACUUAGCGCCCCGUGGAAACUUGACUACCGAAUGUAUACUGUGGGUGGUACAGUCAUUGGUCUUGCUGUGUGUGUAUACAUUGUGUACGUAGUACGUGUAUGUAGUACGCAGUAGUAACGCUGCAACUUUAGAACUCUGUGCAGUUUGCUGCCACAAACUUUAGGACAAAAUGGCGGAUUACAAGGCAAGAAGGCGUGAUCAUCGGGACAGAGGUAGACUCAGUCCUGGCGACAACAACGGAGAGGCAGAUAGUUUAGACUCUUCUGGAACACCUUCCAAGCUGGAUAUUUCAGGGGAGAGUCGUGUUGCGGCAAGACGGAGGGAGAGGGAACGGGCAGCCGCCGCUUCAGACUCGGCUGGCGAUGGGGACGAAAGCCGCGGAGCCUCCGGUGGGUCCAGCAGCCGUAAAGCUAAAGACAAAAAAGGCACGGACUCGGCGAAAGGGGGAAGGUUUGCUCACAGAAAAAUGAGGGAAAAGAGACGAGGAACUGGAGUUGUUGUUCUUGAGGAUGAUGAUACAGCCAAUGCCACAGCGAGUGUCAAGGCCACCACUGAUUACAAUGAAGAAGUCACUAAGAAAGCUGACGCUGAAGCUGACCACCACGGUAACGGAACAACAAAUUCAUAUGAGACCCCUACUCAAAGAAGACAAGCCACGCCCAUCAGAGAUGAUGAAUCAGCCAAUGGCAGCGGAGACAGCUCAAGAAUACGUGCAAGGAGGAGGCAAGGUAGAGAGAGCCUGGAUACACCCUUGAAUACAGGCAGUCCAUCUUCACCUAGGUCAAUACUACGAAGAGAGGUCGAAGGGAGGACGGCAGAAGAAUGGAAGAGGAUGUAUGACCGGGAACACAGGGAGAAUCGACGGCUGACGAGGAGACUACACGAGGCCGAGGAGAAAGCAGCUCGAUUGGAGGAUGAAAUCCAGAUAUUGACUGAAGAUCUGAAGACGGUAGAUGAAGAGCUGGACAGAUCAAGGGAAGAUAACCGUGCAUUAAACAAGGCAAUGUCUAACCUACGAAGUUAAUUCAUCCUCUAGAAAACUUCAGCACUUAAUAGGAACAAACAAAUUGAUGUAAAUAGAUCAAGCUUUAACAGUGGUCAAGACAGCAGCAGUUCAUCUCUAGUAGAUUCAGUCACUUCCUACUGCUUGGUCCUCACCAAGAAUCUCAAAGUUUCCUUCAGAGCAAACAGAGUGCAAGGUACCGUUUCCUAUAGGAGACUUUCUGGGACGAUAGGUGGCAGCAGACUUACCGGGUAAAGCCAUUGUUCUCAGAAUUAUGCGCAUG